AUGGCUAACAAUCAAUCUGAAAUAGCUUUAAAAUGGCUUUAUUGGAUGGACAAAUACGUUCUCCAGCGAUUUAUCGAACACGUUGGACACUGCCAAGAGAGACGCUUACCAGAAGGUAUCCUCGUCGAUGGCUACUGUACUCCUCUGGAUGGUUUGCAUGAUCAUCGUGGAAUCGUAUUACAAUUCCAAGGUUGCUUUUGGAACGGCUGCCCACGGUGUUACCGAAUAAACCGAGAUACCAUUUUGACGACCGGUGAUACAAUGGAUGAUAGAUAUGAGAAAACUUGCACGAUUAACAAAAAGAUAAAAAUGUCAAAUUAUGAGUUGAUAGAAAAAUGGGAAUGCGACUUUACCCGAGAAAUACGUGAAAACGAAGAGCUUUCAAAUUUGAUUCGAGAAAAUGAAGAUUAUUGGAGUAGAAAACCAUUAAAUCCACGUGAUGCAUUUUUCGGUGAUCGAACAGGAAACACUGUAAUAAUGUACGCUUGUCAGGAUGGAGAAAAAAUUAAAUACGUUGACAUAUGCUCUUUGUAUCUAUAUAUUUGCAAACGAGGUAUAUUCCCCGUUGGUCAUCCAAUGUUAUGCUCUAAUGAAGCAAGGUGUAAGAAAAAAGUAGGUGACAAUAAUGAUAUUCUCCAAGUUAACAGUUUAAUUAUGUGUGAUGUGCUACCACCUAGAAAUGUGUAUCAUCCUGUAUUACCGGUGAAAAUGCAUGAGUACCGUAUCCACGACGAUGAAAGAGACCGCAUUCUAAGAGGUACGUGGGUAUCCGAAGAAGUCAAGGUAACACAGUACAAUCAAGAAACGGACAAAGGAGGAUUAUUUGCACAUUAUAUUAACGAGUUUCUUAAACAAAAAACACUAGCUUCAGGUUACCCACCUACCUGCAUAUCUAAUGAGAAAAAGGAGUUUUAUAUUGACGAAAUUCGUAGAACUGAAGGAAUAAAUCUCGACGAAAAUGAGAGAAACCUUAAUGCUGGUUUAAGAUCCGUUGCAAAAUUAUUACUCAAUUCUUUGUGUGGUAACUUUGGUCAACGUAAAAAUCUGACAAAGACCGAGGUGGUGACGGUCCUAGAAAGAUUAAUGGAAUUACCUACGAGUGCAGAAAUCGAUGUCAAUGGUGUCUUACCUGUCAACGAUGAUACAUUGUACGUUAACUGGAAAUAUAAGACUGAGGCCUUGACGUCAUUACCAUCAAGACUGGACGAUUUACCCAUUGGCACGACACUAGGCAGUCUCACUGACGAAUUGGCCGAUAAAGGAGUUGGCGCAUACAUUUCUUCGUUUUUAUCCAGUGGACCAAAGUUUUACGCACAUAAGAUUAAAAAACUAGACGGUAGUGAAGAUUAUGUUUGCAAAGUGAAAGGUUGCGGUAAAACCGUGUUUGUCAGACAGUUUUUACGACAUGUUGACCGUAUGAGUGAUACUCGAUUCGAGCGGGUCAUUUUUUGUUACGGUGAGUGGCAGCCUGGUUACCGCGAUCUCAGGAGUAAUAUUAAGUUUCACAAGGGAUUACUACACAACAGCGAUUGGGCGGGCGAUCAUAGAUCAAAACUAGUUAUUAUUGACGAUUCGAUGCGCGAAUCAUCCGGUAGUAGCGGUAUCGUCAACUUAUCUACUAAAGGUAGUCAUCAAAACAAUUUGAGCAAAUUUACGAGAUCGCAAGUAAAUACAACAUCUUUCGAGACAAGUGUGUCCGGAAAAUCUUCGGUUCUUGCAAAAAGCGUAUUGGGACGCUACUUCCCGACCAUUUGGUUACCUUUUCUUGAAUCUCAAGCAAAAUACACCUGA